ACUUGAGAUUAAUCCUUCAUUUUGAGUCCAAAUUAAGUGAUUCAAAAGGCAAACUUUAAGAGAAUUUCGAGGGGAAUCUAGCGGUGAUCUCGGAAACGCGAGGGGAGGCUUCGUUUGAGGUCCGAGCACUAGUAGCCAGCGUUGAUCGAGCUUGGAGUAGACUUAUCUGGAGACGGGGGGAUGGCUCGCACGCGUGGUAGGGCCCCAGCUAGGGGUAGAGGCCGACCUCGAGGUCGUGCCAGAGCUACAGCACCAGCCCAGGACCGAGAGCAAACUCCAGAGCCGGUGAUAGAGCCACCAGCAGCUCCAGCACCGCAGCAGCCGAUGGGUCCGGGAUCAGCCCAGCCACCGCCCGAGCCUGUGGCAGCUCCAGAUAUACAGGCGAUGCUCGUACAGAUACUAGCUGCCAUUGGGGGUAUGCAGCAGGCCCCAGCUCCAGUUGUUCCAGUACCGCAGGGCCAGCCUACACCAGCGGCACCGAUUGUCCAGCCUGACGAUUUGGAGAGCGUCAUGCCACUACGGGAGCAGAAGAUGCUCGGUGUGUUCCUUAGACUAUCACCGCCGAGGUUUUCUGGGGCAGUGGGGGAGGAUGCCCACGAGUUUCUAGUUACUUGCCGCGAGCGGCUACAGACUUUGGGUUUAGUGGAGUCGAGAGGGGCAGACUUCACCGCUUACCAGUUAGACGGUCCCGCCAGGCAGUGGUGGCGUACAUACUUAGAGACCAGGCCAGCUGGGUCUCCACCGGUCACAUGGACUGAGUUUUCAGAGGCCUUCUUGGCCCGAUUUAUUCCCAGGAGCAUCAGAGAUCAGCUCAGAGAUCAGUUUGCUCGGUUAGAGCAGGGCUCCAUGACAGUAUCAGAGUAUGAGGCCCGAUUCCACGAGCUCUCCAGGCAUGCCGCCAUGAUAUUACCUACUGAGGAGGAGAGGGUUCGUUGUUUUGUUCGGGGUUUGAGACUACAGUUGCGGAUUGAGACUCAGUCUUUAGUCUCAGCGGGCCGCUCAUUUCUAGAUGUAGUGGACCAUGCCCGCACUAUCGAGCAGCUCCGUCGCGAGGCCCAAGGGGGCAGCGGCAAGAGACCUAGACAGGAGGAUAGCUAUGAUAGGCGCCGUUUCAGACCCCGAGGGUCUUAUGAUAGAUCCCAGCAGAGGUUUCAGUCGGGUCAGUCUAGUAGCCCCUUCCAGGCUGCUCUCCAGGCAUCAGAGGGUGAUCAGCACCGCCAUAUUGGUUUUAGUGCCGGUCCUAGUCGGGGCCGAGAUAGUUCACAGAUGGGUUCUUCUGGCCGGGGUAGCCGACCUCCAGCUCUCAGUCGACAGUUCCAGGGGUGUUAUGAAUGUGGGGGGUUAGAUCAUUGGGCCCGCGAGUGUCCCCAUCGCAGGUUAGCCUUACCCGCUCCACAGGCAGCUAGGCAUGCGCCAGCACCUCCAGCUAGAGGCAGAGGCCAGGGACAGGACCGUAGGGGUGGUCACCAGGGUAUACGGGGUGGUCCCCGAGGAGGCAGAUUAGGGGGCAGAGUCGAUGCACAGGGUAGGGGAGUCCAGGCCCACUUUUAUGCAGCUCCAGCUAGAGCAGAUGCUGAGACCUCGGACGAUGUGAUCACAGGUCCGAGCACUAGUAGUCAGCGUUGAUCGAGCUUGGAGUAGACUUAUCCGGAGACGGGGGUGAGCACACGGCGUUUUGUACUAUCUCAGUCUCCAUCUGUAUAUAUAGACUUGUCUUUUUCCUUUCGAGACAGUCUAGUCUCUGUUGUCCAGUUUUGGGACUUGUACUCAUUUUGUAGUAGCUCUGUACUGGUGACUUCCAGGUUCUGGGAGGGAUCUUUAUUUGUUUAUAUUGUUAU